AUUGAUGAAAUCAUUACCUAGCUAUAUGUAUGGAAUAAUUGGGUUUGGAGCUUCUUCAACUCCACGUUGAAAAGAGACAACGACAGGAAAUUUAAAAACAAAACGAAAAGUUUUGGCGGCAAAUGAAAAAAACCGUCCAUAACGCUGCCACAAAGUAAGAAAGAACCACAAAUGCAGUCCAAGAUCACCGCUUUCUUCAGAUCCACCCCAGCUUCCUCUUCUUCCAACAAUGAAAAUGAUUUGUCAGUCUGGGAGAAUCAGCGACACCACAUCAUCAACACCUACACCCGAAGGCGCCCAAACCCUAGCGCCGGUACUUCGGAUCCCAAACCCGUAACACUCGUCAAAAACAAGAAGAGAAGCUACGCUCAGUUUCACCUUGAUUUUGGCCAAUCCGAUUUCCUCUUACGCGCAUGUCCUACGUGCGGUGUGAAGUUCACUCCCGGCGAUCCACAAGACGAGAAAUCCCACAACGAAUUUCACAAAUCAUACACGCAGGGAGUCCCGUUCAGAGGUUGGACCAAAGAAAAUGUUAUUUCUCUACCCAGUUUGGAUUCGGGUCGGGUCAUUUUGUUAUCGGAGACCGACCCGUUUUAUCACAGGAAGAAAAUUGAAGAGGUGGUGAGGAUGAUGGAAAUUGAGAUUGGAAGUGGGUGGAUACUUCAUGAGCGCUGUAAGGUGUAUCUGUUUGUUUCUCUUAAUAGGGUUGCUGGGUGUCUCGUUGCUGAACCAAUUGAAAAGGCAUUCAAAGUUGUGUCUAGCUCUGGUGCUGGACCCGUUCAUAGCGCGAAGAAAAGGGGAGUGACGGCGCGUUCUACAACUCUUCAGUUUGGGAAUGCUAUUUUUCAAAGGGAGCUCCAAAGAAAAGUUGUUAAUGUGAGUGAUAUCGAAAAGAUGGAAGGGGCAAUCUUCUGUGACAGCGAACCGACUGCUGCUGCUUGUGGCGUUAGGGCCAUUUGGAUUACUCCCUCCAACAGAAGAAAAGGCAUUGCGACCCAGUUGCUAGAGGCAGUGAGGAAGAGUUUCUGCCCCGGUCUUGAGCUUGGACGUUCUCAGUUAGCAUUCUCCCAGCCUACCUCUGCUGGAAAGGCAUUAGCAACUAGUUAUACUGGCACUGGGUCAUUCUUGGCCUAUUAAAGCCAACAAAACAGUUUAUUAGUGAUUCACUAUCUUGACUGUUAAUAGGUACAAAAGUAAGCUAUUAUUCUUGUAAAGUGUAACCUUUUUUAGCUCAUAUAAGCUAUGAAUCUGUGAUUUCAUUGUUUUUCUGUUGGUGCAAGGCUUUGUCAUUUUGAGUUGAUUUUACCAUUUAGUUGUUGAGAGCCCUUGGCUGCAGGAAGUCUCUAAUAUUGGAACUCAUUGGUGGCUGGAGUUUAUUAGGGCCAGCAAAAUGCUUUUAGGCAGCCCCAACAGGCCUGGAAGAACGACAAUCAAGGAUAACAGCAGCAGUAUAGUUCUGGGGGGAGAGAUAUACCUAAUAUGAGAUAUGUGCCACCACCACAUCUGCAAACACAGUUGUUUGUCCAGCAGCCCCAUAAUCAAAUGCAACAGAUCAAUCAACAGGCUCAACAGUUCAAGCAGAAUGUAGGAUCCAAUCCUGGACAGUUCCAGCAGUUUGGACAAUCAGGUUUUGCACCACAACAGCAAGCCAAAGUUCAACAGUAGAAGCUACAUUUGAAGAUUUAAAAACUCAAAUUGGACAACUUGCUACUGCUGUGAAUGAACUUGUUCAACAGAAGUGAAGUGCAAUUCCUUCUCAAACAGUGGUCAACCCAAAAGCAAGUCUAGAGUAGUGAUAGAUCUGUGUGGAUGUUUCAGUUUCAUUCUUCUUUGUAAUUCUCAUUUAGUUGGAACAUUUUCAUUUGAUUUUUUGCUUUUUCCAAGAACCAUUUUUAAUUCUCUAUUAACAAGUUGUGAAUAAUUCUCCCCCGCACCGUAUAAAUGUAAAUUCAAAGUUUGCAGGCGC